AGCUAUAUAACUACAGAGCCCUGGCUACAAAGAUAUAGCUGCCGAAUUUCCCACUCUCGACUCGCACGACGACCGUGACCAUGAAGUUUGCUAUCCUGGUCUGCGUUUCUGUUCUCUUUUACCUCUCUGUGGCAGAAGCACAACAGAGCGAGGGGAACAAUGUUCCUGAUUUUGGAUGUACUCGUGAGUACGUUCCAGUGUGUGGAGAUGAUGAAGUCACAUACUCCAAUGAGUGCAUGCUACACUGGGAGAACAAGCAGCAUAACAAGAACAUCAGCCUAAAGCACAAAGGAGUGUGUGAGACCUCCUAAACUCACAGCGGUUACAUCUAUGGCAUCCAAAAUGGCUUUCCAUUUAGAUACUACAGCAACUACCAGUGAUUUUCUGUCAUAUGUUAAUCAGUAUCAUAUAAUGAUGUAUGCUAUUGGAACUUUUUCAGACAUCGCUUUGUCAACAUGUAAUUUCAUGCAAUAAAAAUUAAGCAUUUAAGAGCUUUAUCUUAUUAAUAAAUAAGAACUGUAAUUCAAAUAAACCAUAUUUAUAAUGUA